AUGUGCACCUCCAUCAGUCCUGCAAAGCACAGACUGAUAUGCACGCGCGAACCAAUGGCAACACUGCACGAUCUGCACUGUGUACCAUAUGCCACGGGUCCUCCGGUGUUGCAGCCUGAGUUGGCUGACUUUCUCAGCCUGGCACAGCCUGGUCGUUGCGGCGGGACUCGAUUCUCUUCGUCUUCACCGCAUACACCGCACAUAGACCCUAUCGAGGUUGCGCGCUACGCUCCAGUCUCCAAGCGCAGAAUGUUCUCAUGUUUCCCAAUAAAGCCACGAACUAAGUCAAAGCAUCGGAGAGCAACAACCCAAAGAACCCACACCAUAGAAAUCAACGCCAACUCCGAUAGUGGAACACAUAUCUGGAAAUCAGCAGCCGUAUCGUACGAUGCAUCAACGGACGAGAAUGUCGUCUCACGGUAUUUGGUUACCGAAGUACUCAAAAAGCCAAUCUAUCCGGUUAACGAGGAGAAAAGAAGAUCGUAUCGGACAACAAAGGAUGUCAGUGGAUACACAGAGUUGGUUUGGUGUGUGGACAAUAGUAGACACGUACAGUCGACGGAGUUCUUCGUGUCUUCGGAAUAUAGACCCAGAUACGACGUGGUGUUCGGCAGGAUCGGCACCAACCCAUCACAAAUAGCUUCAAAGAAGGCCCAAUAAUUUCGUUCGAUUGAUGUCAACGUUUCUACGCAAGCACCCUCGUACCGUACUGCAAUCUUGGAGUUGCCAAUGGAAAUUACAACCGAUCGAUUCAACGACCCGGAUUCCCAAUUUAAAAUACUUGAGUGUCUCACUAUCACUUUAUGAGAAUGGAAAUUUUGGGGACGAGUUUUAUGGAUCGCCGGGACAUUAUAAGUGAGGUCAUGGCAUCUCUCAUACAGUGCCACGGCUGGAGUUUUACAAGUACGGUCAACAUGAACAUUAGGGCUCUGAAAACGCAGGAUACAUGAGCUUAGCACGAUUCCCAUUCGAAUACGUAAUUAUUUAUUGCUGAAAUCCGGGCUAUUUGGCUAGAUGUCUAACUUCCAG